GGUGGCUUAGUAACCACAGUAAAACCUAUUGUCGAACAUUGGUCCUAUCCUCAGUUCGCAAAGGCAGUCCUUGACAACUACAACAAAUUCUUCUCCGAAGUCAAAUCCAAAGUUGUGGUUUACUAUGAGAACAUCGACGCACUCAUGACGAACAAAGAAGGCUAUAACAAACUCAUUGAAAUGGGUUUAGUCGGUGAAAAGAUGGGUCAAUUCAAAUUGGACAAAAUUUUCACCGAAGUUCAUGUCCUCUCCAAGCGUAAGUAUUGGGGCAUACUUGAAGACGGCACAGAAAUAAAACAUUGCAUGAAAUAG